AUGACGGCCCUCCACCACGCGGUCAACCACUGCCGGCUCAACGUCGUCACCAAGCUGCUCGAGCUCGGCGCGUCGGUCGACGCCAAAGACGACGGUGGCAACACACCGCUGCACCUCGCGGCCGGUCGCGGUAUCCUGAACCCUGUCAUGUCGCUCCUAAGUGCGGGCGCCAACGUCAACGAAGUCAACCUCCAAGGCGUGACGCCGCUCCACAAGGCCGUGAGCGGCGGCCACGGCCCGUGCGUCGAGAAGCUCCUCGAAGCACGUGCAGAGCCCAACAUUGCCAACGCCGAGGGCAACACGAGCGUGCACUUGGCGGCGCGCGGCAGCGCCAACCUUAAAAACAAGGCUGGGAAGCUCCCAAAGGACGUCGCGCUCACGCCCGAGAUCGCCAAGCGCUUGUAA